AUGAAAAAAAAAUAGGCAGAACAUCAAAUGAUAAUUACCAAUAUCCCUAAUGCCCUCGAUAUUGGAUUUACAGCUGUGACUUUAUCAUCUAAUUUAUCAUUUAUGAUGGAAAACCCAAAUGAUUAUCCUGUCUAGUUUCAUUUCGAAUUCCUAAAAUUCAAGAUAACUCCUGAUAGGUAAAAUAAACAUUUAUAAAUUAGAGGAUAAUUAGCUCCUGGAGCUAGAAUUAAUUUUACAUUGACAUAUGCUCCAGUUUAAGCUGAAGUUAUAGUAGCAUCUAUAAUUUUGCAUAUUUAAUAUGAAUAACCAAGAGUGAUAAAAGUAUCAGGAAUAGGAAAAUAUCCAUUCUUAUAAUUAAAUACAAAAAAACUUAAUUUCGAAAGCUUAUUGAUUGGGAAAACUGUAUCUAAAGAAAUUACAAUAAAGAAUUAAUCGGAAGUUACAGCUUAAUUUUAAAUUUAAAAAAUAAUAGAUGAUGAAUUCAAAGAUAAUGCUUUUACGUUAGAUUUUUAUUCUGGAACCAUUCCUUAAAAAAGCACUUUUUUAAUAAAAGUAACUUAUAAACCAAAAAUCCUAAAUGUUUCAGUAAUCAGAUUCAAAGUAAUAUGUUAAGGAGGAAAUGAAUUAACUUUUGAAUGUGUUGGUUAAGCUUUAGAACAUGCUGUGUAUUUGAGUGAGAAAUCUAUAAAUUUUGGAGAAAUAAAAAUAGGAAAUUAAGCUACUAAAUUAUUAACAAUUCAUAAUGAUUCUGAUCUUCCAACUACUUAUCAAUUUUAUACUGAUCUUAAUAACAUAUUUGCAUUUAAUAAAAUAAGAGGACAAAUACAAGGUAAAAGCUUUGAUAGAAUCAUUAUCUCCUUUGCACCCAAAACUACUAUUAAUUAUUAUGAAAGAGUUUAUUGUUUAGCAAGUAAUCAAAUUAAAUUUGUUGAUUUAAUUGGUACAUGUUAUGAUCUUCUAAUCAAACCAAUACCAUUACUUCAAUAACAUGUUGAUAAUUUUAGAAGAAGAGUAAUUCAAGGAAAAUUAAGUGAAGUAGAUUUUAGAUAUAUGGAAAAUUCUUAUUUAAUGAAAAUCAAUUAAUAAAAUGAAAGCAAUCUUUAAGGGGAAUGGCAAGAAAAUCCUAAUCAAACUGUUUAAUUUAAGGAAUUAAUGCUUCCUCCAUCUUCAGAUAAUAGAUUAAUUAAGUUUUCAGAAGACUUUAUAGAUUUUGGCUAUGUAGAAUGUUAUCAAUAAAGUAGUGCUAGAGAAUUGGAAUUACAUAAUCGACUUAAUUGCAAAUUGACUAUAUUUUGGACCAUCUAAACUCAUCCAACAAUUGAUGGUGAAAAAGUACCUGUUUUUGCUGUUACUCCUGAGACAUAAUCAGCUUAAGCAAAUUCUAAAUGCAGAUUUUAAGUAACUUUUAGACCUACUAAAUCCUCAUACUAUUAUUUCUAAUAUAUACAAUUUUUUGCUAUUAAGUAUAAUCCAAAAUUGACCAAAAAAAUAUUAGAUCAAGUAAAAACUACUAAAGGUUCAAUUCUUAAUGAAUCCUUUGGAAAUAAUCCAAAUUUAAAGUUAUCAUAAACAGGUUUAACUAAUUAAAAAAAUACAAUUGAUUUCACUUCUAAAGAAAUGAUUCCUACAUUUAGUGGAUAAAUUGGAUGUGUUGGACAUUCUUUUGGCAUUAAUUCUUAACCUUAUAUUCCAAUUAUAGAACUUAGACCAUCUAAUAAAUUGUACUUUCCUCCAUGCACUAUUGAAGAAUCUGUCUAUUAAACAGUUGAAUUUAUUAAUAAAUCAGAUACUCCUAUAUAUUUCAAUUUUAGCCCUGAUCCUACUAAAACUUUUAGAGUAUUUCCUAAUUAAGGUUUAAUAUUUGGAAAAUCAUCUUAAAUGAUAAUUGUAGAAUUUGUUCCUAUUGAAAAUAAAGCUUAUAAUCAAACUCUAGUAUGUCAUAUGAAUCAUUAAUCAUCAAAUUAAAUUACUCUUUAAGCAAUAGGAUAUUGUUCCUCUCCUUUGUUAAAAUUAUAAAAUGAUGGCAAAGUAUUCUUUCCUCCAUCUUUUGUUGGAGUUUAUUCAAGAUAAAAAAUAACUGUUCAUAAUGAAUCAAGAGUUCCUAUGAGUUAUUCAAUUGAUGUUCCAGAAAAGAAUUAAAAUGAAUUAUAUAUUGAACCAUCAUCUGGUUAAAUAAAACCUAACGAAGUUCUUCAUUUAGAUUGUUAAUUUAUUCCUUAUAAAAGAAAUAAGAAAUACAAAAUUAAAGUUCCUAUGACAGCAACUGAAAUCUUAGCUGAUAAUCAAAAUCUUAUUGGGUAUCACAUUCCUGGAUCUGGAAAUUAAGAUUUCCCACUUGAAUAAAGAAAACCUAUUGAAUUAUCAUAUUAAUUUGAAAUUUUUGGUUAAGGGACAGAUGGAAAUCUACUUCUGAAUGUAAGUUAAAUUGAUUUCAAUAUUAUAAAAGUUAAUUUCAACACAAAAUAAUAUGCAACAUUAAUUAAUAAUUCAGCAUGCACAUUUUAUAUUGAAUUAGUUUUAAGACCUAAAAAUAAGGAUAAAGAUAAAAUAGAUCAUCAAAUGAUUAGUCUUAUAAAUAGAUCAUUUACUUUAGAUUUAUAGAAUGGAAUUAUUGCAGCUAAUUCAAAAUUAGAUAUAGGAAUAAUGUUCAAUCCAAUUGAAGUUUGUGAAUUUGAUUUAGUUUUAGAUGUAAUAGCAACAGAAAAGAAUCCUAAGGCUCCAAAAGGUCCAAAUAUUUAGAAUAAAAAAAUAAUAUCUUAAAAAUGUAAAUUAGAAAUUAAAGCAAAAGGAAGUUAUCCAUUAUUGAAGAUUGCUGAUGUAAGAAAUGAUUCUAUAAGUGUUGCUACAUUAUGGGAAAACUUUUAAAUUAAUUAAAUAAAUGCAGAAUUAGGAAAAGAUUUAAAUGAAGAUGAAUAGAAGUUUUUAAAAAUAGAAUAGUUAACAUUUGAUUAAGCUUAAUAGUUAUAAAAAAGAUUAAGAAGUUAUGAUUGGAACUUUGGAUAUUUACCAUCUAAACCAUAAGUAAAAUCAAGAAAAAUAGUUAUUACUAUAUAAAAUAUAGGUGGUACUGAUUUAGAGUGGUAAUUUAAAUUACCAUCAGAUCAUUAAAUUGAAUUAGAACCAUGGGCAGAUCCAGGUGAACCUUCAGAAGAAGAUACAUUUGAAAAAGCUAUAUUAGAAAAGAAUAUAUUUUAAAUAAGACCUAAAGGUGGAGUGAUAGCACCUAAAAGUUUCAAAGAUAUUGAAUUAAUAUAUACUCCUUGUAAUUUGGAUGAUGAAUUGAAAUCAAAAGGUAUUUCAAAUGAGAGUCAUUUUUUAAGAGUUGUUUUAUAAAUUUUAAAUGGCAAACCAUUGGUACUUAAUUUAAAAGGAACAACACUUGCUCCAUUAGAAGGUAGAUUAGCAGUAAAGAAGAAUUCAUUUGAAUUACCAGAAACUCCAGUAGGUUUAUUAUAGCCAGUUAAAUAUCCUAUAGAGAUUUAGAAUGUAGGAAGUUCAAAAGUAUAAUAUAAAACAAUUGUAAAAGAGAUUGAUAUAGAAGGAAAGAUAAUUGAUUCUUAAUUUAAUGUAUUUGAUAUUCAGAAUCCUUAAGGUUCAUUGUUGCCAAAUGAAAAAUAAUAUUUAUAUUGUCUUUUUAGACCAUUGGAACAGAAAUCAUAUAAUUUUGAAUUAUUAGUAGAAGUUUCUGAUAUGGUCAAAGUAAUUUAACCAGUGAAAUUAGCAAUUUAAGGUAGAGGUUAUGCUAAUUAACCUAAGAAAUAGAUUUAAUAAUAGGCUGUAGAAAUUCCUAGAUAAAGAUCACAUUAAUCACCAAUAGGUUCAAAGGUGUUCUUUUCUUUAGAAGAAAUAGAUUUUGGAGAAUUAUUACCAUUAAAAUCAGCUCAUAGAAUGAUUAUUUUAUACAAUUAAUCAAAUGAUCGUAAAUUUACAUUUGAUUUUGGUGUAUCAUAAUUUGCACUGUCAAAUAAUAGACCAGGAUUAUGUUGUGGUGAUGAAUUUUUGAUUGAACCAAUAUAAGGUGAAUUAGAAGCAUAAGCAUUUAUAGAACUUAAAUUAACAUUAACAACAGCAUCUACUCCUGCUGUUUAUGAGGGAGAAUGUGAAUGUACAAUAAGUUGGGAGAAUAAAAAUUAAUAAAUUAAUACUUCUUAAGUGAGUUAAAAUUCAUAAGCAAUAACAGUAGAUAAGGAAACAUUAUUUUUGAGAAUAAAAAAGAAAUCAAGUUUAAAUGUAGAAUUAGUAAACUCAUUUAAAUAACCACCUCCACCUAUUCAUAAUGCUAUGGCUCAUCCAUUUUAAUAAUUAUUAGGUCAAAUUAUCACAGAAGUCUUAACUGAUUCACAUACUGAUUAAAUCUUGAAAGCUUUAGAUUAAUAACCUAUUACACUUUAUCAACCUGAAUAAUAAUAAUAAGGAAGUGAUGACAUUAAAUAAGAGGAUUUGUAAUAUUUUAUUUCAUUUUAUUAGAUCAAUAUAAAGAGACUAUAAAGAUUAUAAGACAAUGUUCUUAGAGGAAGAAUUUAUUGAAUUGACUGAUUUAAUUAUGGAAAAUACAUUUUUCAAUAUUAUCUAAGAAACUACAAGAAAAGAAUGUGAUUUAUUGAGGAUAUCAAAGACAUUUGUCACACCUGCAAACAAAUGA